GAACGAUCAGUGCUAUUUUUGGAGGGCGAACGUCCGCCAGCUGUUUUCAAUACUCAACGGGGCAGUGUGGUGAUCAGAAAAGAAGAUUUUUUCCAAUCCGUUGCACCGAAAAUCUGAAUUAGAUUUUAUAUAAUUUAGAUCAAUAAUGGAGUUUGACACCACUUACCAUCAGAUCUGCUCCGCGCAGACCGUUCAGUCGGAGAAGAGGGGAUUCUUCAACGAAUUCUGCGGGGAUGUACGGGAUGCAUGUGGCGACAAGUGGCUGCGAAACUACUUCGGCAAACUGAAGUCCAAUGCGGCUCGUGUUCUGUCCAUCUUCAGUGAUCGCGAGGUGUGUGAUCCUGUGCUCGGUGUCCUGGAGCAUGUACAGCCAGUCUUUAAGCAGAAGGAUGCCCUUUUUUCCGCCCAAAGACGUGCUCAAGCCGAUAAGUUCUUUCUGAUGAGUGGCAAUGGCGAGAGCGAGGAGAGCAAGGAGCUUCUGCAGCAGGCUCUAAUGGCCGCCAACCUGGCCAUAAUGAGGGCCCCAGACCGUAAUGCCGAUCCAGUCAUUGAUGAUGGCCUCUCCUUGGCAUUGGCCUAUAGGUCAAGGGCUUCGAUUCUGAUCCGCCUAGGCGAGGGUGAGGCUGCUCUAAGUGACCUGAAGUUGGCUAUCAACUUUGGGCUGGAUCUCAAGUCUAGUGUGGAUUACUACUGCAAGAUGGCCAAAGCUUAUGCAGUCAUGGGUGAGCCUGCCCGUGCAGAGAUCUCAUUAAAGAUUGCCGAAAAGAUGUCGGGCUCCGAUCCCACCCACAUUGCCCUAUGCAGGACGGAAAUUGCUGCCGUGAAACCGAUUCCUAAGGAUGCGUCUUCAGAGAAGAUUCCACAAUUGGCACAUGGCGUUAAUCCUGAACUGAGUAGUGCCUCUAAGGUAGUGAGGCUGGUGGAGACUAAGGAUAAGGGCCGUUUUGUGGUAGCCAACGAAGGUCUAAGAACUGGUGAUACGUUGCUCUGCGAGGAACCAGUGGCCGCUUGCCUGGAACCCAUUUAUUUUGGCACCCACUGUCAUAAUUGUUUCAAGAGACUGCACACCCCAGUCUCCUGUCUUCAUUGCUCUGGUGUCGCCUUCUGCUCUGCUCAGUGCAUGGGUGAAGCCUGCUCCGGUUACCAUCGUUUUGAGUGCGAGUUCAUGGAUUUGCUGAUCGGUUCCGGAAUGUCCAUCCUAUGCUUCAUCGCACUGCGAGUUUUUACACAGGCACCAAAUCUGGAGCAGGGCUUGGCUACUGCCAAUAUGCUUUUUGAUCAUAUGUGCUCUCACGAGGAUGAGCGUCAGCCGGAGGAUUACUUACAACGAUCACUGAUGGCUGGUUUUCUGAUGCGAAUUCUACAGAAGUCCCUGUACUUUGGUCGCCGGAAGACAGAGGGGGUGAAUCCCACGGCUGUAGAACUACAGGUAGCCACCGCCUUGCUGGGUCUGCUGCAGGUGCUCCAAUAUAAUGCCCAUCAGAUAUAUCAAACGCAAGUCACUGAAGAGCAUCGAUUCGAUGGUAGCAAGACGGUGUAUUUGGCCGCUGGCCUUUAUGGCACCGGUUCCUAUUUUAAUCAUGAGUGCUGGCCCAGCACUGCUUGCCAUUUUGUCGGCAAGAAACUGGUUCUUACGGCCACUAAGCCACAUCGUCCCAACGAGAUUGUGGCUGUAAAUUACGGACCAAUUUUCAUCAAAAAUAACUUAAAGGAAAGGCAAAGAUCACUGCGAGGACGGUACUCUUUCAACUGCAAUUGCAUGGCCUGCCAGGAGAACUGGCCAUUACUCCAGAAACUGGACAAGCAAGUUCGAUUCUGGUGCACUUCAGCCAACUGCGUUAACCUUCUUAAGUUCCCCAAGGAUUUGGCUAAGGAUGUUCGUUGUCCCCGCUGUCGCAAGAACGUCUCUCUUAAAGAAAGUGUAGCCAAGCUGAUCAAGAUCGAGGAACUAUAUCGGGAGGCUGCACGAGCUAUGGAAGCUCAGAAGACCAGUGAGGCUAUUGAGCUUUUCAAGGAGGGACUCGAGAUGUUCUUCCAGGUGGCUGCUCUGCCCCACAAGGACACCAUAGUGGCACAGCAAUCGCUUCAUAAAUGUUUGUCCGACACGGGCACCACUUUUAAAAAGGAGGGAAAAUAAAAAACUAGUCACUUUUUCAUGUAUUAUUAAA